UUGAGCUGCGGCACGCCGACCCAGCCUCUUCCCGGGCCUCUGGCACCAGCUGUGAGACGGUUGCAGAGCCAAUCAGAGCUUGAACCAGAGCACACAACAGCCUUGCUGCCUGCUGCCUCUCGUGACAUGCUCUCGUCCGAACUUGUGGAGAAGUUGAAGGCCAGACUCCGAAAAAGAAGGGAUCGACAGGCACAACUGUCAGAUUGUGUCUUCACGACAUUGGUCCUCAGUCAGUUCGCGGUAAGAGGCGGUGU